AUGGCCACCACCAAGGCUUCUGGCCUCAAAGCCACCGAAGAUCUGGCUGCCGUCGCCCCCGCCAACACCCUCACCACCACCACCACCACCACCACCACCACCACCAUGACUGAAGCUGGCGCUGCACCAACGACAACCGAUGAAGCUGCCUCCGAGUCGACUGUCCUGACCCCGACCUCCACCGCUACGGAUACGACCUCGACCGCACUGACUGCAACACUGACCAGUGAUAAGCCCUCUGUGCCGCCAAAGUCUCCAAUGACCACCCCAACAUCGCCACCACCUGACCCUGUGUCGUCUCAGGUGCGCCCCUCGACAGCGCCAGAACUUGCAGCCUGCCCAUCACCCGCAACACCCGCACGCCCAGCUACAGCCGUAAGAAGUUUACCGCGUCCAAUCGUCCUCGACUCUCCAACCCAAGGCCAGCAGAUGGCACUGCAGCUGCUGCAGUCUGGCUUGUUAGAGGAACCCCACCGCUCCUGCGCCCUCGCUGGCCUCAUCGCCCUCCCCAACGCCCGACAUUUGGAAUUUCGCGCCCUCAACUCCAACGACCCUCCCAAUUUGUAG